AUGAUGACUGCAACACUACAACAGCAAGCUAGGCUGCAGGCAGACGGUGCUUCGAAGGAAGAGAACGCCAAGACUUUGUCCCUCAUUGCUGUCAUGGGGGUUACCGGCUCCGGAAAGAGCAAUUUCCUGCAGCACCUGAUUGGAAAGGGGCAAGAGAAUGGGCCUACUGUUGGGCACAACCUCUCUUCGUGUACACAGAAAACCGAAAUGUACGAAUGUCGCUUGGGAAAAAAGCAAGUCGUCUUCUUCGACACCCCCGGCUUCGAUGACACUUACCGCGGAGACGCCGACGUCCUUGCCGACGUUGCUCAGGUCCUUAGUUCCUCGUAUAAGAACAACCUCAAGUUGAAUGGCAUCAUAUACCUGCACCGAAUCAAGGACGAGCGGAUGACAAACGCCCUUAUGCGUAACCUCACCAUGUUUCGCAAUCUCUGUGGCGAUGCUGCCUUUCAAAACGUGGCUCUUGUAACGACGUUCUGGGACGAAUUGCAGGAUCAGAGCAAGGGCGAGAAUCGCGAGCAACAACUCCUUGCUCGAGGUGAAUGGUGGGGAUACAUGACUGCCAAGGGUUCUAAGAUUAUGCGAUUUCACAACACUCGAGAGUCUGCGUUGGACAUUGUCUCCGAGGUCAUUGACUUGGACAUCGUCACGCUGCAAGUGCAGGAAGAGAUGGUCAACAGAGGGCUCGAGGUCGAUCAGACGACGGCUGGUGAGGCCUUGAAUUCCGAGCUUGCCGAGCAGCGCAAAGCAUUUGAGAAGGCUCUCCAAACUCUCCAUCACGAAAAGGAACAAGCGAGACGAGAUCACGAUGUGCACCUACAGGAGAUCAUCGAGACAAUGGAGUUGGAAAAGAUGACACUGCUGCAAGAGAUUGAGAGCGAGCAAGCGGCUUUGCAUGCCGAUAGGCGAGAGGAACGGCGUCGGAUGGAGCAAGAAUUUUACGACGAGAAGCUGAGGCUGGAACGGAUGGUUCAAGAAGUCCUUGCCGAAUCAGUUCGCAUCAAGAAAGAGACUGAGACGAAAGCCAGAAAGGAGCGACAUCGCCAAAAGGCCGGAUUUGAUGGAAAGCUGCAUGAAUUAAGCGAGCGGCAAAGCCAGGAGGUGCAAAACAUUGUUCGAGAGUUUGAACAGCGACUUGCCGCGGAGAAGGAAGAUGGCGACAUGCGCUUAAGAGAAGCCCUCGAGCGUUCUGACGCCGUUAUUCGGGACCUAAGAAAUAGCAUGAACCGCUCCAGAAGGGAGGAUCGAAGAAAAUACGAAGAGGAGAUCAAGAACAUCAAAAGGCGCCAGAGGGAGGCAAAGGAGCAGAGUGAAAGGUGGGCAGAUGAUAUGGAGAGGAUCAACCGCGAGAUUCUAGCCAGCCAGGUUGAGCAGCGAGACGCGGACAAGAAGGACCAGGGUGGGAUUAAGACAAAGAUUGACAAGUUGAAGGAGCAGAAGAAGUCAAAGACUCAGGGAGACUUGCGCGUAUCUGUUUUAGCCCAAGAAGUCACCAACCUUGUGCUCCCCGGCAAUCGGGCCUCCACAUUACCCAGCACCAAAGUCUCACGUGAGACAUUUUGGAUCACCUUCAACAUCAUGGACAACUACCAAAGGAUAGAGAAGGUCGGUGAAGGAACGUACGGUGUCGUCUACAAAGCCCGGGACCUCGCACACAAUGGCCGCCUCGUUGCCCUCAAGAAGAUCCGCCUCGAGACCGAGGACGAGGGCGUCCCCAGCACAGCCAUUCGAGAGAUUUCGGUCCUCAGAGAGAUGAACCACCCAAAUGUCGUCAGCCUGCUCAACAUCGUCCACGCAGAUAGUCACAAGCUGUAUCUCGUCCUUGAAUUUCUCGAUCUUGAUCUCAAAAAGUACAUGGACUCCCUACCAGUAUCCGAUGGAGGCCGUGGCAAGCCUCUUCCCUCUGGAUCAUCUGCAACCAUUCGCACUCUUGGCAUGGGCGACCAAGUCGUGCGCAAGUUCAUGCUUCACCUCUGCGAGGGCAUCAAGUACUGUCAUUCUCACCGUGUCCUUCACCGAGACCUGAAGCCUCAGAACCUUCUCAUCGAUAAGGAAGGCAACCUCAAACUCACCGACUUUGGUCUUGCGAGAGCUAUUGGUGUCCCGCUACGUACCUACACCCACGAAGUCGUGACUCUGUGGUAUCGAGCACCAGAAGUCUUGCUGGGAGGCAGGCAGUAUUCAACAGGCGUGGACAUGUGGUCCAUCGGCUGCAUCUUCGCCGAGAUGUGCACCCGCAAGCCGAUAUUCGCUGGCGACUCCGAAAUUGACGAGAUUUUCAAGAUCUUCCGUGUCCUCGGAACACCCGAUAAUGAGAUUUGGCCCGACGUAACUUCAUAUCCUGAUUUCAAGCCUUCCUUUCCGAAGUGGAGACGAAACUACGACGCUCCUUUGUGUCCCAACCUGGACGAGGAAGGGCUGAACCUACUUGACUUGCUUCUCGUCUACGACCCUGCCUAUCGUCUUUCUGCAAAGAGGGCAUGCACUCACCCGUACUUUGAUAAGCUUCACUACGAGAAUGAACAAGCUGGCAAAUAG